AUGCUCAUCCCCUGUGGUGCCACCACGGCUGCUUGCGCUGCUGCUUCCGUGACCGCCACCUCCCUUGCCCCCACCUCCUCCUUUGCCGUUGUUCUUGCUCUGCUUGCGGGGCUGGGUAGCGUUGAGGGAGGAGGAGGAGGGUUGGGAGGAGGCGAGGUUGACAAUGGGAGUGCGGAGUUUGACUUCAGUAUCAAUGAUCCACUGUUCAACGGAGGCGAGAUCAGCCAUGGGAUUGGCUUCGGUAAAGGCGUGAAGGCGGGAUUCAUAGUCUGGGGUGAGGUUAAAAAGGAGGCGGUGGAUUUGGAGGGGUUCGGAGAGGCCGGCUUGGCGGGCCUCGAGGCGAUCAGCUACCUCUCUCAUGCGUCCGACAUAGUCAACCGCUCCGUCACAGGUGGCGAGGCCAUGAUGGACGGCUGCGGGUGGACCCGCAGUGGUCAUGGAGGAGAGCGGCGCGGGCGGCAGCGGCUGGCGAGGCCGCGGCGGCGUUGGCGCGGAGGCGGCGUCGAGGCCGCGGAGGGGAGUGGCGCGGGCGGCAGCGGCUGGCGAGGCCGCGGCUGCACUCGCGCGGAGGCGGCGUCGAGGCCGCGGAGGGGAGCAGCGCGGGCGGCAGCGGCUGGCGAGGCCGCGGCUGCGCUGGCGCGGAGGCGGCGUCGAGGCCGCGGAGUGGCGCGGGUGGCGGCGGCUGGCGAGGCCGCGGCGAGGCGGGCGCGGAGGCGGCGUCGGGGCCGCGGAGGGGAGCGGCGCGGGCGGCGGCGGCUGGCGAGGCCGCGGCUAGGCGCGCGCGGAGGCGGCGUCGGGGCCGCGGAGGGGAGCGGCGCGGGCGGCAGGCGGCUGGCGAGGCCGCGGCUACGCUGGCGCGGAGGCGGCGUCGAGGUCGCGGAGUGGCACAGGCGGCGGCGGCUGGCGAGGCCGCGGCGAGGCGGGCGCGGAGGCGGCGUCGGGGCCGCGGAGGGGAGCGGCGCGGGCGGCAGGCGGCUGGCGAGGCCGCGGCUGCGCUGGCGCGGAGGCGGCGACGAGGCCGCGGAGGGGAGCGGCGCGGGCGGCGGCGGCUGGCGAGGCCGCGGCUGCUCUGCCGCGGAGGCGGCGUCGAGGCCGCGAAGUGACGCGGGCGGCGGCGGCUGGCGAGGCCGCGGCGAGGCGGGCGCGGAGGCGGCGUCGGGGCCGCGGAGAGAAGCGGCGCGGGCGGCAGCGGCUGGCGAGGCCGCGACGAAGCGGGCGCGGAGGCGGCGACAAGGCCGCGGAAGGGAGCGGCGCGGGCCGCAGCGGCUAGGGAGGCCGCGGAGCUGUGGAGGGAAAGGGCGCUAA